GGAUAUAAUUCCCAUUUCAUUUUCUUCACUGCAAGAGUCUGCUCUUCUCCUUCUUCUCUAAUUCAGUGAGCCAUUGAGCUACAAAAGAUAAAGAUUGGUUUUCUUUCUACUACAAUUUUUCGUGAUUUGGCAGCUUUGGUCGGAAAGGUUGAGUUGUGGCGUCAUGGUGGGAUCAUCCUUAGCUGGAUUACAAGAUCAUUUGAAACUGGCUAGAGAAUAUGCUUUCGAAGGCCUAUACGAUACGGCCAUAAUCUUCUUCGACGGCGCUGUUGCUCAAAUCAAUAAGCAUGUUAAUACAAUUGAUGACCCUUUGCUUCGUUCGAAGUGGAUAAAUGUAAAGAAAGCAAUUUCUGAAGAAACAGAGGUGGUGAAACAGCUGGAUGUCGAGAAGAGGUCUUUCAAAGAGGUUCCUGUUGGUAGACGCCCCUUUUCCCCUCCAAUCUCGACUAAGUCAUCAUCAACAUCAUCUUCGUUUGUCUUCCAGCCACUGGAUGAUUUCCCUACUCCACCCUGUGCUCCAAUGGAUGAUCCCGAUGUCUGGAGACCCCCACCAAAUCGAGACACUACAACUAGAAGAGCUUCAAGAGCAGGUCAAUCUGGUAUGAAAAAGUCCCCUCAAGACAGUGCUUGGGCUCGCAGUUCUACCACUCCUACCAGAACCUCUGGCCGAGGGGGGAAGCCUGGUGGUGGUUCUGUUAAGACUAACUCUAUAACUCGAGCAUCAACUACAGGAAAGAAAGGAAAUGCAAAGUCCGCAAAAGUUGAAUCGCCCAAUGGUGACGGAGAAGAUGGGAAGGCUAAAAAAGUGGAAUAUGAGGGCCCUGAUCCAGACUUGGCAGCUAUGCUCGAGAGAGAUGUUUUGGAAACAAGCCCUGGUGUGAGAUGGGAUGAUGUUGCGGGGUUAAGCGAGGCAAAAAGACUUCUAGAGGAGGCUGUGGUUCUCCCACUAUGGAUGCCUGAAUACUUUCAGGGAAUAAGGAGACCAUGGAAAGGCGUUCUUAUGUUCGGUCCACCUGGUACGGGGAAGACUCUUUUAGCAAAAGCUGUUGCAACCGAGUGUGGGACCACAUUUUUCAAUGUUUCUUCCGCCACAUUGGCUUCAAAAUGGCGUGGAGAAAGUGAACGUAUGGUUCGGUGCUUGUUUGACCUCGCUCGUGCGUAUGCUCCCAGCACAAUAUUCAUUGAUGAAAUUGAUUCACUUUGCAAUGCUAGAGGGUUCUCUGUCGGCAAACAAUUUUCGGAAGUGACAAGCUUUGCUUUGCGGCAAAUUCUUCUGUUGAAUUUGGAGUUCCCAAUUUCUUCCUGGUUUGAUAACGGAGGGCAACGAUCGCUUUCGGUUGCAUGCCCUAGAAAAUCGUCUGAGAAGAAAGAUUCAUCGGAAUAGUCAAAGCUAUCCGAGGCAUCAGAGUAAGCCUGAAGAAGUGGAAUUGUGGUUGUUUCUCAAGGGAGGGGGUUGUUGCUUCCCGAUGUAGGCUCUCUGCACUUCAUAAUUAAAAUUGAGUUUGGAAAUGGUUAUAUCCUCAGUAUCAGCCAAAGUCUCAUGCUCCCAAUCCCUGUGUUCCUCCUGCUCUAAUUUAGACAAUCCAACAAAAUUAGAAAAUAAUGUCAAAAACUCAUUGAGCUUUGAAUUGUGUGGGCCCUUGGGGACUAGAAUUGGACUCCACUUAUCUUUAGCAAUCUUCACAUAACAACCUGUACUGUCAAGUACCGAAGAAACCGUGAUAGGCCCGAAUUUUCUACUCUGUCCAAGAAUACGUUUAUCUGAGCAUGAGAGUUGCUGAAUAAAACUAUAGAUCUGUGCUGCGAUCACCAUUUCAAAAUCAAUCCUUUUUAGCGAGGAUUUUCGAAUUUCAAAAAUGACUAUUUCAUUAUUUCUGAUAGCAAAUCUAAAUAUUAAUAUACAAAAGAAUUGUGGGAAUCAUAGCUAAUCUAGGAAAGUGUAUAUUCUAUACUUAAUGACUAAAAUCUACAUUAAUUGAGCAUAUAUACUGCUGUAAAAUAUCUCUAACAGAAUCUCCUUUGAUUGAGCAUUUAUACUACUGUAACAUAUCUCUAAUGCUCCUUCUCAAAUUGGAGCAAAAAUAUUAAUCAUGCCCAACUUGCUAAAAAUAAAAUCUAUAUGUGAUUUACGGAGUGACUUCGUAAAUAUGUCUGAGAGUUGGUGUUUAGUCCUAACAUGCACCGGUAUGAUCAAUGGAGGGUUUGAUUGUGUGCCAACCACACGAUCUCUUAUUAAGUGUCAAUCAACUUCAAUGGGUUUCCUUCAGAACUACCUAAAAAGCUCAUUAUUAUAUACUCUCUCCGUCCCAAUUUGUUUUGCAAAAUUUCCUAUUUUGGCCGUCCUAGAAUGAUUUUACACUUUCUAUUUUAAGUAUGAAAUAUAGAAAAAGUGUCAAUUUUACCCUUACUUUUAUCUUAUCCAUUUUCUAUUCCCACACCUAGUUGUCGAGGAAUUAAUCCACCCAACAUAUCUUAUCAAGUUCCCUGCACCCUAUUUUCUCUCUCCUAUUCUAUUGGUCAUCAGUUCUUCCCGGCUUCUCUCCCUUGUUCUCCGUCUUCUCCCCCAUCAACACCCCUUCUCAGCUUCUCUCCCUGAAAAUUGACUCUUGCAUGUUUCUAGCAGUGGUCCGACGCGAUUCUUAGCAUAUGGCUCGCUCCGGCGGAGGAAAUCCUCACUCCAACCAAUGCCCCGGCAUCAAUUGUUUCAUCGCUAUCUUCGCCGUCCUUUUGAUGUCCGUCAAAUUUGCGUCUUUCCGAAGAUGAUUAUACUAGAGGAGAUCUAGCGGGUCUGUCUGUUCGUUUGCAUUUUGCUAUUAGCUAGUGACCCUGUGACCAUCCGAUCCCACCGGUGGCAGUUAUUUAGCUUGUAGGCAUACAUCCUUUAAGAAUUGCCAAUGUUACCUGCGUGGCUAUCUAUGUACCGUGAAAUAGAGAAAUGUGUAAGGCUGCAUACUUCUGACCCCCUCUUGCCCCACCGUAGAAGAUCAAGUGAUACUCCUUUUAGACGAGUUGAGAAGCGGGGAGAAGAGACGACAAUGAAAGGGAGAGGAAGAUCUAAAUGAAUGUAUAUUAGAGGAAUCAGGAGUGAAUGCUACUUCUUGAGUUAGUUGAAAGUAUGACUUUGGAGAAGAGCGAAGUGGAGGCAAAAUAUUCGUGUGGAAGAUUGAUGUUGUAAAUAGAGAAUGUAGGUUUUAAAGCGGCCAAGAAACAGUCCAAAAAAUAAUUUGCUGGUAACUGAGGAUUUCUUUGCACCAUAGCAGCCUUAAGGGUUUCAAAUUCAUCAAUGAAGGUUUCCAAUGAUCCUGUUUGCUUCAAGUUAUUAAAUAUCUCCACUACUUUAUUGCUCAUAUUAUCAUUAAACCUUGCACUUAGGUCAUAUAUGAAUUGUUUCCACUUCAGUUUUUUCUUAGACCCCACAUAGUUCCCAAACCAGUUUGCAGCUCUCCCUUCUAGAUAUAAUGAAGCCAAAUCAACCUUUUGACAAUCAGGAAUAUUGCAAAGCGUGAAAUACCUUUCGCAUUUUUGUAUCCAUAGCUUCGCAUUUUGUCCUUCAAAUGCAGGAAAUUCCACUUUAGGAUUAAACUUGAAAGCAUAUUGAUUUGUUGAUGGAAGUUUGCCAACAACUCCAUCUGGUUCUUCUUCUGAUGAUGAUUCUUCCAUAUCUUUCAGAUAGUUGCCUUCGCCUGCGUCAUUUUCAUCCACGACCUUCGUCUUCUGUAUUUCUACAACUUUCUUCAUGAUUUUACUCAUCAUAUCCAUCAUUAGCUUGUUUUGAUUCUCCAACUUCUGAUCAAACUCUAGCUGGAGGACUUUCAGAGCUUCUUCCAUGUCUGGUUGAAUUACGAGUUUGAACCAUACUUCACUUUUUCCACCGUGAUGUAUAACCUUCGUUCACACUCAGAUGCAGUAGUAAUGGAUGAAUCGUUGUGUAGAAUUAGGAUCAAUGCUCUGAUACCAAUGUUACAGUCCAGGAAUUCUCAUGGAGAAGAGAAAGGAAUUCGAGAACUGUAUGGAUCGUAAACUGUAGAUUGCAGAGGGAGAGAGAGAGAUAGGAGAUGCAGAAUGAUUUUUUUUAACAGCCUGCUUUACUUUUCAUUCAAUGGCUAUAUAUGCUUUUAGCUAGCUAACAACUUGUCCAACUAACUAAACCGACUUAUUCCAUACAAAAAUACGGUUAACUAAAUUCCCAACUGAAACCAACUAUAUCAAACAGAUUCCUCAUGAUAAUGUUAUUGUGUAUCUGUCUGCUUGUUGGCUGGCUGCAGACUCUCUGGAUAUCAUGUAUUUAUAUUUCGUUGUUCUUCUAUAUCUGGUAGUAUUAAUGAUUAUGACUCCUUCCAAUGUUUUUUUAAUCGAAGAAAUUGUUCACAAAAAGAGAGUUCCUAUUUAAUCAUCUGGAUUAAAUUUUUAGCUUUCCUAAAGAAGUUACAAACACGUUCAAUAUGAUAAGUUUAAUUGAACAAAGAAUAUGUUUAACAAUUUACUUUUUCCUUCUCAAAAAUCAUUUUUGCUUAGAUUUUUUGUCAAACAGAACCGAUCCUUAUUUGAUCAAAAGAAUUAGUAUGUAAUGUAAUUAAAAUGUUACAUUUGAUAAAUUUAAAUGGAGCCAAAGAUUCAUUAUUUUUUGGCUUGAGAUUAUGAUGGAAUAAAGCAAAAUGGCUCACUAAACUGUCUGCGCUUCUUUGUUAUGAAGCAGCAGUCAGUCCAUGCAAUUUUGGACGGGAUUUUCACUAUGGGUCAUCUGGAAACAGUCUCUCUGUGCUUUAGUACAGGGUAAGACUGCGUACAUCCGACCCCCCUACCCCACCGUAGGUGGGAGCCUUUGCGGCACUGGGGUAAAUGAAAAUGAAAAUGAAAUGAAAUUUGAUAAAUUUAAAUAGACCAAUGAAUAAUCAUUAAUCAUUAAUCAUUAUACAUGUGAAAGAUUUCAUGACUUAAAGGGUGAAUCUUGCAAAGAUAAUUUGUUUUACGUUAAACAAGACUAUUUUGGCUAAAGGGGGUAUGAGAUUGCAUCGAUCACCCAAAACCAACCCCUUGUUGUAUUGUCAUAUGGAAAGGACUUCUGCCAUUCGUGUAGUGUUCUGAAAAAACGUAUUUGAGUGGCAUAUUAUAUUAUUAUAUUAUAAUCUAGAAUUAUGAUAACUGUUCAUAGUAUUGCUUUAUCAACAGGGCUUCAGGAGAGCAUGAAUCGUCCAGAAGGGUGAAGUCUGAGCUUCUUGUUCAAGUAGAUGGUGUAACCAAUUCUUCCACCAAUGAGGAUGGAACACGAAAAAUAGUGAUGGUUUUGGCAGCUACAAAUUUCCCAUGGGAUAUAGAUGAGGCUUUGAGGAGGCGCUUAGAAAAGCGUAUAUACAUUCCCCUUCCAAGUUUUGAGAGCCGAAAGGAGCUUAUCCGGAUCAAUUUGAAAACGGUUGAGGUGGCGAGAGAUGUGGAUAUAGAUGAAGUGGCACGUAGAACAGAGGGUUACAGUGGGGAUGACUUGACAAACGUGUGCCGGGAUGCAUCUCUGAAUGGGAUGAGGCGUAAGAUAGCAGGGAAGACAAGGGAUGAGAUCAAGAGCAUGCCCAAGGAUGAGAUCUCCAAGGACCCCAUCGCAAUGUGCGACUUCUUGGAAGCUAUUCAGAAAGUCCAACCCAGUGUUUCUGCAGCUGACAUUGAGAAGCAUGAGAAAUGGUUUUCUGAGUUUGGAUCAGCAUAAUCAUCAUCAGGAUGAAAUUUUUUGUACCCUUGUUCAUGAAUGGUUAUGUUGUUCAGUCAUAUUUUCUAAUUUCUUGUUCAUUCACAUUUUUCUUUAAUUUAUCCUUUUUAGUUCCCCGGAGCUUUGAAGGAAAAAACAAAAAAAAACUUGUGUUUUAUAUGUUGUACUCGUAUGUAUGGUAUUGCAAUUGAAGUGCCUUUCUAUGAAUUAAAUAUUCUUUAGCGUACUAUUUUGGAUAGAAAAAAUUGCUUGUAUACACCGAUUG